AUGAAGAAGAGCAUGGCACUAACCUGUCAAAAAUUGUCAUUGGUGGUGGCCUUGGUGCUUGUGCUAGUGUUGGGCUUUGCCUCUUUCUCCCCAGAUGCAAGUAAGCUCAUCACAAAUAAAGGAGAGAAGCAUGGGCAGUUUCAUGGAGGAGGGGCUACAUUUGGCUACAUGCUAUCAACUAGAUCUCCAAUUCCACCAUCUGGUCCAAGUAAAGGACAUGGUCUGAGUCCUCCAUUUCCAAUAAAAUUGGAGUUUUCUAUGCUGCCAAAGGGUACUCUCAUUCCACCGUCUGGUCCUGGUGGUAGGCAUAAUGCAAGUCCUCCUCAGCAAAGUUCAUCAGAAAAUUAA